GUUGCAGCGGCUUUACUAAAUUCUCGUCCCAACCAAUCAAGCCAGAACAUUGUUGUUUACUGUCCAAAUUUUUUGUUUGUAUUUAUUUAAUUAUUAUUGUUAUUAUUAUUAUUUUUUUGUUUGAUUUUUGGAUGUGAGGCAUAAAAUGGAAAAGGUAAAGUUGGGGUAGGUAUAAGAGAAGCAUUUCCAAUGGAGUAAGAAAUUGGUGAUUCAUUUCAUUUCUUUCCCAAUUGCAUUGCAAUGGAUUUACUGUAAUCACUCUCUCACAACCUUCUUCCGACAUCACAUACCGUUACUUUCCUAUUAAACUGCCAAUUUUAAUCAUACUUGUACGUUUUCCUUCAGGAUCUGGACUCAUUGAUUGGCUUUGCCAGAAGGGGGGCUUGCGUGCUGCUCUAUACGCAAAUUUGCCAGAUAGCGAUGGGUGUUGUAUAUUUUUUUGUGAAGAAUUAGUGAGCAUAAUGUUUUCUGGAAGAUUGGGGGCAGACGAAUCUUAUUGUCAAGAUUUACAGAAUUUGAGUGUGUCAAAGCGACUUGUUAGGAGUUUCAGUCAUAGGUUGAAGAAGAAGAAUAACAGGAGUACCGGGGAAGAAGAUGAUGAUGUGAAUGGAGUUUCUUUAAGAUGCUUAAAUCUUUAUGGACGAGGUGGGGGCUGCAAGGUAGGUGCUGACACCAGUGAUGAUUUUGGUGAUUCAAACAGUAGAAGGAGAUCUAGUGCCAGUGACGAGGGAAAGGGAUAUAAGCCAAUUUGUGGCCCUGAAGAAACUGCUGUAGAUUGCUUUUCAUAUGGGGUGAAGGACAGGUUUUGGAGGAGACACAACCGAAAGAAUUCAGAGCUUGAAGAAUUUUUGACAAACAAUAGAAUGCAUAUCUUUCUUCCUGAUGAUAUUCUUGAAAUGUGUUUGGUUAGGCUCCCAUUGACAAGUCUCAUGAAUGCCCGACUUGUGUGCAAAAAAUGGAGGUCCUUGACCACCACUCCUAGAUUUCUCCAAAUGAGAAGGGAGGGUUCCUAUCAGAGUCCAUGGUUAUUUCUGUUUGGUGCUGUUAAAGAUGGCUUUUGUUCUGGUGAGAUACAUGCACUGGACGUGUCUCUGAAUCAGUGGCACAGGAUUGAUGCUCAUUUUCUCCGAGGAAGGUUUUUGUUCUCUGUUACUGGUAUACAUGAUGAUAUCUUCAUUGUUGGAGGGUGUUCUAGCCUCACUAACUUUGGGAAAGUGGAUAGAAGCUCUUACAGGACACACAAAGGGGUUCUUGUUUUUAGUCCAUUGACAAAAUCUUGGCGUAAAAUGCCGUACAUGAAAUAUGCUAGAUCAAAUCCUAUAUUAGGAGUCUCUGAGGUCAGUUUGGAUUUUCCAACUUGCCAAAGUCAUCAAAGCCGGCAGGAUAGACGCUUUCCAAGAUCAAGGAUUGGUGGCAUUUCAGAUGUUUAUGAAGAUCCUCACAAGCUUUCACUGAGACGUCACUGCAGAUCUUCCAUUAAUGAGACUGAAGCUUUGUCUUUGCCCAGUCGAAAGGCAUACAAAUUCGUUAGACAAAAAAGUGACCAUUCAAGCUCAAAGGGCAGUAAAAGGUUCUUGUUGAUAGCUGUAGGAGGUUUGGGAUCCUGGGAUGAGCCUCUGGACUCUGGAGAAAUCUAUGAUUCUGUGUCAAAUAAAUGGACUGAAAUCCCAAGAUUGCCUUUUGAUUUUGGGGUUGCUCGUUCUGGAAUUGUUUGUGGCAGGAUGUUUUAUGUUUAUUCUGAAACAGACAAGCUUGCAGCAUAUGACAUAGAACGAGGCUUAUGGAUUGGAAUUCAAACCACUCCAAUCCCGCCUCGUGUACACGAAUACUACCCCAUACUUGUAUCUUCUAGUGGCCGCCUUUUCAUGUUUUCCGUGUCCUGGUGUGAAGGGGAUGGUCAAAUUGGGCAACGAAACAAGGCUGUUAGAAAACUAUGGGAGUUGGAUCUCACGUAUCUUACCUGGACUGAAGCCUCAGUUCAUCCUGAUGCCCCAAUGGACUGGAGUGCUGUUUUUCUGUCGGAUAAAAACCUCAUUUUUGGGGUAGAGAUGUUCAAAAUAUUUGGUCGGGUGUUAGGUUUUUUCACUGUUUGUGAUGUGUCUGAUAUCACAAAAUGGAACCAUAUUUCAGGGAACCAUGUUACUCAUGAGCUCGAUGGUUCUUCCUGCUUGACCAAAUCUGUGGCAGUGCUACACCUUUGAAAUCCUUUGUGCAUGUAUGAUGCUAAACAACAGAAUCUUAGAUCUUCCCUCCCUGUUUUGAGAUGCAGCAUGACCGGUAAGUCCUACUCUAUAUUUGCUGCAUAUAAUUGUAUAUGAGCAAAUCUUCCGAGCUCCGUGAUUCUCUGUUUCUGUGCUUCUCAUGUACCUUUUAUUUAAUUCAUUUCUCACCAAUCAUAAAAGUUGAAUUCCACACUGACUUUGCUCUUGUAUUAUUUCUCCCAUCCAUCGUGUUUCUGGAGU